AUGUGGGAGAGUGUGGGCGAGGAAGGUAGCACGGUGGAGUGCAUUAGCCCGAGGCUGAUGAAGGUGCGUCUACAAAUAGGCCGCACCUGCGGAGUAACUUUCGUGGUGGGGUACGCCCCCACGGAAACUUUCCGAACCACCGCGGGCGGUGAUCCUAAUGCCAAGGACUCCUUCUGGACUGCUCUCGACGCAGCGAUCCGGGAGGUUCACAGCCGUGACCAUCUCGUGGUGCUAAUGGACGCCAACGCACGCACUGGUAGGAGGCGAGACGGGUGCUGCGAUGCCAAGAUUAUGGGCGCGUACGGACGCGACAUUAUGAACAACAACUGGGAACGACUCCUUGGACUGGCAGCAGACAACCAACUCUCCCUGACCAACACCUGCUUCCGGGCAACGAAAGGUGGAGUGCAGCACACAUUCCAGAGUUCCAACAAGGGGAAGGAGAAGUACCGCCCUGACUUCAUCCUCAUGCGUCAGACGGACCGGCGUUUCGUCGCCUUCCAAAACAAGGCCUCCAGCCGCCCUCCACCCACGGCGCUCAGGCAGCCAACGGGAGAGACCGCAGCCGAGCUGAAGGCUACGGUGAUGUCGGCCGCUGCUGAGACCGCGCCGCUGGCGAGGUGCGCACGAGGGCAGAGAGGCUGGUACACGAGCGAAGCUCAGCACGAGAUCUCCGAAGUGUCUAAGGAGAUUAAGGCGGCCCAGCAGCAACUGCGUGGGGCCUCAAAGAACAGCGCCUUCGAGGCGACCCUGAAGGCGAUGCUCAAGGCGGCGCGGAAGAAGCGCAGCAUCGCGAGGUGGAGAGCACUGGAAACGUUCUUCGAGGGCUGUGUACGGUAGCUCGAGAAGACGAACCGCGAGCGGAUC